AUGAACAUCGACAGUGUUCGGCGUGAGCUGGAAGCUGCGGCACGCGCCAUCCAGCAAAAGGAAUAUGGGGAGCUUCUGCAAAAAGCAGAGGCUGUGGCGGUGAGCUCGGCUGCAAAAGCUGUCCGAGAGUCAUUGCACGAGGAGAUGGCGGGCAUAACGCGUAAGAUCACAGUGAUUGGUGAUACUCUGGAUGAGCGGCUCCGAAUUAUGGAAGAGAGGCUGAAAAGCAUGGACAAGCGCCUCGGCAAGUCCAUGGAUGAGUUCCACCGCCAUGUGGAAGAUUUGGAAUAUCGGCUCGCGAACGAUGGUAGCAGGCUGGACCCAGCCGUGGCUGCCGUGAUCCCCAAGGUCGUUCAGAGUUGGGGUGAAGGUCGGUUUUCCUCCCAGAGUGACAUGGCGAAGUGGAUCGAGGGCAAGUUCGACCAUCUGGAAGCUGACCUGUCCGGAGACAUGCGAGGACUGAAGGUUGAGAUUCAAGAGCUGCUCAAGAACGCGAAUAAGAACAUGAGCCAGCGUGUCGACCAGCUCGUUGCCGAGCGUGUGGAAAGCAAGGUCACCCCAGUUGAGAACAAGCUGACAUCCAUGGAAAUGAUGCUUAGGAAUGUGCUCGCACGGCAAACUGCUUUGGAAGACAAUCCCCCUCCUCCCGUGCAGCAUGCGGAGGAGGAGGUGUAUGCAGAUCCGGAGGAAAGAGUGCCAGAAGCUGCCCCAGCAGAGGGCGACACUUUGGGCGCGUGGCUGAAGAAGCAGAUACGGGCGAUCACGGACCAGUCGGAGGCCGCAGUGCAGGACGAGCUGAGCGGUCCCGAACUCCUGUCUUGGAUGAAACACCAGGUGACAGACAUUGUCCAAGACCUCAUGCCGCCCGCGAGCCAGAAGCGCAAUUCUUUGCGCAGCAGCAUCUCGGAGGUCUCCUCCCAGGCCGAUGAGGCCAUCCCGACAGAGUCGAUGGAAAAGUUGUCGAACCUUGAGAUAAGUACCUCCAACUUGGCAGCCCGCCUUUCUGCCCUCGAAGACGCAGCGUUGCUGGGUCGUGUGGCAGCCCUCGAGGGUGCGUGUUUAGAGGAGCGCGUUGCUUUGCUCGAAACCUCGCGCCCAGUAUUCUCAGGGGCUUCGCCUCCCAUGGGCAACCUGACGGGCAACCUGGCUGGCCCCAGCCCGGCGAGCAUCAGCCAGGUGCUGUCACUGCGUGAAGAAGUCCAUCGGCUGCGCAAUCGAGUCGGCGUGCUUGAACAGCUUGUCCAAAUACCCGAUGCUCCAAUCGGGCAGACAGAGCCAAAGAGCCCUCAUGCGGAGAGUUCCCCAAAGCUGGGAUCACCUCGCAGGCUUGAUGUGGAGGAGGACGUCAAGCGCAGCCUGUCCGACUUGUGGUGCGCGGUGUCUGGCGACCAGAGAACUCUGGGCAUCCUUGCGGCUAAAAUGGAGGAUGCUGUCAGGGACUUUUCGAGACUGCAGACUCGGUUCGAGGCGGCGAUGCCUCAACUUCUGCAGUUGCUUAGCGAGCUUCUGCGACGCCACGGCGGCGGCACGGGCGAGACUGGAGAGGGAUCCGAGAUGGACGUGCUGGUGGCCAUGCAGAAGCUGCUGUUUGGCGGGGAGUCUGGGAUGCCCUUUGUGUCACCACAUGUGCUGAGAGAGACCUUCAGCGCAUUUGAAGCAGUCAUGCGCAGCGAAAUGGAAAGGCUGCGCGAUGAGGCUUUCAGGGCUUUGGCCGACAAGGCCAAAAUCGAUGACACCGAGUUCCUCGCGGAGCAGAUGCGACUGCUACAUGGACAGUUGCAGAUUCUGUGGCAGAACUUCGAGAAGCUCAUGGCAAGUGAAAAGGAGUCGAAUGCAGCGAUUUGGCGCACGCCGCUGCAUGCCAGAUGCGUUAGCUGCGAUAAGAAGGUGGACAUCAAAGGCAUGGUCCUGCUAGAUCGGGACCCAGCCUUCUUGCCCACAAACUCGCCAAGUCCAGUUCCAUACGAACGUGCUGCCUCCGCGCGGCGUGCCCGUGGGGCACGUGACCUGCCAUCUCUCAGCAGACCUGACUCCCCGCAAUGA